UAUUAACAACAAACGUCAUUUAAAGGGGGAGAUGGCUGUCACGUGGUCCAGUUAGCUUCCUGUUUACCGCCUGUCGUACUUUGAGACUUGUACACACAUUGCAACACAAGUCUUCACUACAGCUCGACAACAACAUAAGUAUUAUUAAGAUCCUGCAUGCACGGCAUUUACUUCUGUUUAACUGUAAUCUGUUUCCUGUCAUGAUAGUGGUUACCAGGGAGAUAUGAAGACGUGACAUUUAAGGGAACGUGAGCAGGCCGGGAAGGAUCCUGGAGAUUUCCUGACUGUAGCUGGCUGGAGUUUGGUUACCUGGUGCGGAGAGCCGGCUGCUACUUCACCUCAUGUCAGAACGGCAAACAAAACAGUGGUAAUGUGGUGGAGGACUACAAAGGCCUGAAACUGUGUCAGAUUAGUUUUCGAGGGUUUGGGGUUAGUGGAAACGUUCAGCCUACGCCUGGGAAGCUAAACUAAUACACUUGCAGCAGCAGCCGUGCUGUGUGUGGCUGGCUGAAGGCUUCUGUUUUGAGAGUGGAGCAGCUUGCCGGUGCCCUGAAUUCAGGAAGACUCCCCGGCUCGGGCCCCCUCAAGCGGGCAGUCAGGAAGAAGCUGGCUGGGAAGGGAUGGCCUGGUCGGUCUUCCCGAUCCAAAGGACAAGGCUCUGCGGUGUUUGAAGGAGGUCGAGUUCGGCUAGAGGCCACCGCCGCGGGUCGACGCGCCAUGAUGGCCGCCUCUUCCUCCUCCGCGGCCGGCGGCUUCACGGCGUCCGGGCUGUCGGUCAGAAAGAGCGAGGAAAUAGCGGAUUUGAUAGAUUUGUUCUCUAAAACACAGUACAGAGCAAAGGAAAUCACUCCUCGGGUGGAGGCGAUAGAGAAGCGUUGUCUGGAGUUAUUUGCCAGAGAUUACAAGUACAGUGUCAUCCACAACUCCAAUGGAGAAGUGUGUGGCCAUUACCCUCGGCAGAUAGUUUUCCUGGAGUAUGAAUGUACAGAUGGCGAGACUGACAGGUUUGAGAGCACAGUACAGAUCAGUAAGCUGCAAGACCUGGUGAACCGUAGUAAGUUGGCCCGCUGCAGAGGGAGGUUCGUCUGUCCCGUCAUCCUCUACAAUGGCAAGCAUAUUUGCCGGUCGUCCACUCUAGCAGGCUGGGGGGAGCUGUAUGGACGCACAGGCUACAACUACAUCUUCUCAGGAGGCAGUGAUGACACAUGGACAGAGUCAGAGGAGGUUCCAGAGGAUGACAGUGCAGUCAGGAAUGGUGACUCCCAGCUCUUUGAUAAGGUUCGAGGCCAUGACAUUAAGCUGCUACGUUACCUCUCGGUUCGCUACAUCUGUGACCUGAUGGUGGAGAACAAGAAGGUUAAGUUUGGCCUAAAUGUGACAUCCUCUGAAAAGGCGGACAAGGCCCAACGCUACGCAGACUUCACUUUGCUUUCUGUGCCUUAUCCAGGGUGUGAAUUUUUUAAGGACUACAAAGACAGAGACUACACAGCCGAAGGUCUGGUGUUCAAUUGGAAUCAGGUACAGAGUGUAUUCAGUCUGUGAUUAUA